CCUUGGCGGCCCCGAGCGGGCCCGGCCGGCCCAGCGGGGAAGGGCCGUGCGGCCGCGGCGCCGCUGCGGAACCCACCCGCGGUGACGUCACGAAAAGCUCAAAUGAAAAACAACAGCAAAAAGAAGGCACAAAACUGGGGAAAGAAACGGGUGCUUUUCGCCUCUCCCCGUUUUCCGCCCCGGUUGGGAAUUUGUCGACGCGCCCUCGCGCGGGAGGAAGCGGAGCCGUUUUGAGGGCCGGACCCCGCGCGCGCAGCGCCGGCGGGAAACAUGUCCGGGGCGCGGCCGUUCCUGGCGUGCGCCUGCUUCUUCACCGACAACAUCUUCCUGGGCCGCUACGGGCUCCACGUGCGGUACCGGGACCGGCGGCAGCUCCGCCGGGAACACGGCCGGGCGCUACAGGAGCGCGGCUGCCGGAGCGAGGAGCAGUUCCAGGCUGUGCUGAGGGAGAUUGAGGCAGAAGUGCAGAGAAGAAAACAGUUAGUCCAUCAGUCAGUGGAACGCAGAACCAUCAUCUCCAAGUGCUACAAACCAAAACACCCAGAGGUGUACACUCUGCAGGAUUCCUUCCUGGCCCCAGAUUUCCUGGAGAUCGUGCGAUACUGUACAUCGCCGGGAGCUCAUCUCCAGGGCCUCCUGGGCUACCUCGAGUCCUUCUCAGAUAAGAGGAUCUAUCGACUCCCAGUGUUCACAGAGGAGUUCUGCCAGACCUUUGUGGAUGAGCUGGAGAACUUUGAGCAGUCGGAUAUGCCCAAAGGCAGGCCCAACACCAUGAAUAACUACGGGGUUUUACUGAACGAGCUUGGGAUGGAUGAGGGCUUCCUGACCCCCCUGAGGGAGCAGUUCCUGCGGCCCAUCACGGCCCUGCUGUACCCUGAGCUGGGGGGAUCCUGCCUGGACAGCCACAAAGCCUUUGUGGUCAAGUACUCCCUGCACGAGGACCUGGAUCUGAGCUCCCACUAUGACAAUGCAGAAGUCACCUUAAAUGUCUCACUGGGGAAAGACUUCACAGAAGGCAACUUGUACUUUGGGGAUUUCUACAAGGAUCCCAGUCCUGUGCCGAAGUACCUGGAGGUGGAACACGUGGGAGCCCAGGGGCUGCUCCACCGGGGAGGGCAGAUCCAUGGGGCGCUUCCCAUCGGCUCUGGGGAGCGCUGGAACCUCAUCGUGUGGAUGAGAUCAUCCCUCAUCCGAAACCAGCUCUGCCCCAUGUGCAACAGCAAACCCCAGCUGGUGGAAGCAGAGGGAUUUGGGGAUGGGUUCACAGGAACCCUGGAAGAGGACGUGCCCGAGACUGUGGAUGUCUGUGCCCUGUGGUAGGGGAUGGGAAAACACAAUUUCUGCAGACCACGUUGCCUAAAGCUCCUCUCUGACCUCUCAGACUGCACUAACAGACUCUGAUAGAUGCAGGAGUCCUGUAAGAAGUAGCUCUACCAUGGAAAAGGAUACAAAGCCAGCCCUGCCAGGGUUAGGGGAGCUUGGAGAGCUGGAACUCAGCUCACCAGGGCUCACUCUGGGGCUACAGGACUGUAAGACAGAGAAAGCCCCAACACUUUGGUGCACUACAGAGACUCAGUAAAUAUUUUCAGGUGUACAGGGAAAACACCCGAAGAUCCUUGGCCUCUGUGCCAAUAGCAGCAUCCCAGGUCCUGCUGGAAAUGGGAAGGAAUGGUGAUUAAAGCCCUACACUUACCA